CAUUAUGUUAUCAGAGUGAAGUGUGAAAAGGGAUACUGGAGAAAUGCCUCUGCGCAAGAAAGUGCUACGGGAAGCGUGCGAGUGAUAGAGGCACUGCGUUAGUAGCGAUGCAUAUAGGUAGUUGCUGCAUCCUAACGAAGCGAUUUGCAUGUGUACCUUGUCGAGGAUGGGCGAAGGCCACGCCUGUGCUCGGGAACGAAGCACCGAUUCAGUAAAUGUGCUCCUACGUGUGCAAAAUAAUGCGUCUUGGUCAGAAGCGGGACCCGAGCGCUGCCUGCACAAUGUCUUCGACGCUGCCACGCACCAGGAGCGUCAGCGCCGCUUCGUCGUCGUCCAGCGCUGCGUCGGGGAGUAAGGAGCGCGUGCGACCCGUGUCCCUGUGCGACACCUCCUGGGCGAGGAUGACGGGCCAGGACCUCCGUCAGCAGAACCUGGUGAGGACGCCCUCGCAGGCCAACAACCUCUCGACGACGGUGCCUCAGAGCCUGGUGGUGCAGAACCUGGGCGGGCGACACACGCCCACGCGCAGCUCCCUCAGGCACUCGCGAAUGAUCGUCCUGGCCAAAAACGGACAGAAGCUGCGCGACCGGCGGUGGCCGCCCAACAGCCUCGGGCGCGUGGGCGUGCUGGUGGUGACCGCGCAGAUCUUAGUGGGCGUGAUGGCGGUGACCCUCGCCGCGUGGUUCCUCAUGUGGGCGCCGUCGCUUAGCUUCAGGGAAGUUCCGCAUUACGCAGGCGUGCCGGUAAGUGUAUUCACGAGCACAUGCACACGUACAUGCCCACGAAGACCCACACGAAGACGCGCGCAACCGAACACGCACACGCACGCGCACGCACACGCACGCGCACGCGCACACGCACACGCCUUCGAUAGGUAUGACGACUUCAUGAAGUUCCGCCUGAGGCAGGGCAAGUGGGGCAGGAAGGCCAAGGCGACGCUGUCGACCGCCGACGUGCUGCAGGGCUGUGACUUCGAGCUCAAGUGCUAG